GGCUUUAAAUGUUGCCUUGUAUCGGUGACACCAUGAGCAGAUCGAGUCUUUGGCCAAUCAGAGCAAAGAAAACUGGUUACGUCAUGCGCAAGUUUGACGCUUUUGGUUGUCUGCGCGUGCAGUAGCGAAUCGGUCUUGUGUACAGAGAUCAUCAGUGAUUGAACGUCUGCGCGAGCUCACCAGUCACAGGAUCAAGCAUGGACCUGGUACUGAAUUUCGCUGACUCACAUUUCUUCACUCCGUAUGUGUACCCGCCCUUCUGGCCUGAAGAUGAGCCUCUGCGACAGAUCAUCGGGCUGCUGGUGAUCACCAACCUCGGCGCAACAGUUUUGUAUCUUGGCCUGGGAGCUUUAAGCUACUACUUCAUCUAUGACCACAAUUUAAUGAAACACCCUCAGUUUUUAGAGAACCAGGUGAGACGUGAAAUAAAGUUUGCUAUGACGUCUUUGCCGUGGAUGAGCAUUCCCACAGUGGCACUGUUCUUUGCUGAAGUACGAGGCUACAGCAAGCUCUACGACAAUGUUAGUGAAUCUCCACUGGGUUGGCCAGGACUGAUCUUUAGCAUGUUCUCCUUCCUCUUUUUCACCGAUAUGUGCAUCUACUGGAUUCACCGAUUCCUGCAUCACAAAUUGGUCUAUAAGCGUUUCCAUAAACCUCACCACCUCUGGAAGAUCCCGAGUCCAUUCGCCAGCCACGCGUUCCACCCCGUAGACGGCAUUCUUCAGGGAAUGCCCUACCACAUCUACCCUUUCCUCUUCCCCCUGCACAAGGUACUCUACCUGGGCCUCUAUGUGUUUGUUAACAUAUGGACCAUCUCCAUUCAUGAUGGUGACUACCGGGUCCCACGGCUGCUGCAGAAAUUCAUCAACGGAGCUGCACAUCACACCGAUCACCAUCUGUUUUUCGACUAUAACUACGGUCAGUAUUUCACGCUUUGGGAUUACCUCGGAGGCUCGUACAGGCAUCCAUCAGCUCUGAUGGGGAAAGGGCCGCUUGAGUGCAUCAGGAAACUAAAGAGUUCGUAAAUGGGGCACGAAGAGUAAAGAAGAGUAGCCAACAUCAACAACUUUGUUUCUUCAUAAACAAUGAUAUGCUUAAACAAGCAUUUUAUUGUUUAAGGCGUGUCUUUUGCAUCAACGAAAUGUGCCUUUAAUCUUCUACAGCAGAGGUUCUCAAACGAUUUGCAGCCAUUUAAUUUAAAAAAAAAAAAAAAAAAAUGAACUGGAUUCAAACUUCAAACUCUCAGAACAUUUGUAUUAAAACUGCUUAGGUUUAUUAUUACAGGCCUGCAUGUUUUUGGGUUACAGAAUUAUUUUUUCUUUAGACCCAUUAAAUUCAAGCAGCCAGGAAAACAUGCUAUUAACUUUAAAAACUGAUACCGAAACUAAUUAUAAAAAAAAAAAUUUGGUUAUUUUUAAAAUCACAGAUCCCUUAGAUACGCUUCACAGACACUUUUGGGGAUCCCGUUUUAAGAACCAAAGCUCUAGAUCAAUCCCUGAGCAAGAGAAAAUCCCUAGAAAAGCAAAGCAGUAUAUAUUGUUGAAUACAGGAGCCUUUCAUUAAUUCCACUUGUUUUUUCCUUCAAUAUAUAGCCAAACAUGCACUUUGAAAGUACAGCACUACGAAUAACUAAAUUUAUUGCACAUACAAUGUCAAUGUCCAUUGCACAUACAAUUAAAAUUUAUUGUCCACUGCAUAAAAACUUUUAGUUAGAGGAACGGUUCAGCCAAAAGUGAAAUUUACAUGGUUUACCCUUCAUCCUUGAAUGUAAAUCUUCAGUCUUCCAUUCUAAUUAUAAAGAGGCUGUUGCUAACAAUUGAGGCACAUUUCUAUCCACAGGUUUAGCGUCGUGCAAUCUGCAAAAUUUAAUCAUAACACAUUAGAGUGAAAAUAGAUCAUUUGAUUUAGUAAUACCAUUCGUGCAUACACUAUACGGCCAAAAGUAUGUGGACACCUGUCCAUUACACGCAUGUGCGGUCCUUCCCCAAAUGGUUGCCACAAAGUUGAAAGGACACAAUUGUAUAGAAUGUCUUUGUAUGUUGUAACAUUAAGAUUUCCCUUCACUGGAUCUAAGCAACCCAAACCUGGUCCAGCAUGACAGUGCGCCUGUGCACAAAGCGAGUUCCAUGAAGACAUGGUUUGCCAAAGUUGGAGUCGAACAACUUGAGUGUAAAUCUGGAAUGAGAUGUUAAAAUAAAAAAAGCAGAUACGAGUGUUAUGGUCAGGUGUGCACAAACCUUUGACUAUAUAGUGUAAGUAGUUUCAUAGAAUAACAAAGAAAUUGCAUACAAAUCAAAUUGUGAUUAAUGCUAUAAAUCAAAUAACUUCUAAUAUACACCUUUUUCAAAAAUAAUCAACCUUUUCAUAAAAAACAUUAACAAGUCACUGUUGUGGAUAAAAAUGACAUGAAAUAAACACGAGGGAGACCUAG